AUGGCGGAAGAAGACUUCGCCGGCUAUUCUCCUCGGUCGGAGGAUUUCGAAUUCCACAUGACUGCUGAUGACGACCUAGCCCUGCUCUCUCCGGCCGAUGAACUCUUCUACAAGGGGAAGCUUCUCCCUCUCCACCUCCCCCCGCGCCUGCAAAUGGUUGAGCAGCUUCUGGCCAACCCACCCUCCGCCGACGAUGCCGCCGGAGACGAAGGAACCGAUUAUCUCUCCUGCAACUCCAGCGUCAUGCAUUCUCAUUCCAAUUCGCUUCCCAAGAAAUCAUGGACCAAGAAGCUCCUCAACCUCAAGAUCAAAGCUCCGAAAUCCUACUUGAGGUCCUUUUUCCACAAAUCCAGAUCCUCCGAAGAGGACUUGAAGACUUCAAAGAGCAUGAAACGCGAUCAAAAUGAGAUCUUGGCGGACGACGAGCGAGUGACCAAGUCCUCUGUUUCCUCCUCCGCCGCUGUUGCGACGAAGUCGUUGUCCUUCUCGAGCACCGCCAACACGGGCGGGAAGUCGACACUGAAGAGGAGCAGCAGCGUGAGCUCCGACGCGGAGAACUCGAUCCAAGGAGCGAUUGCCCACUGCAAGAAGAGUCAGCUGGAAGUUGACUCGGCGGCGGCGAGGAAGAGCGCGGGCAAUGUGGGCUUCUACCUCCUCUCCGCUUCCAAGAUUGCUCCGGACUGCGAACAGAGCAAGAAAACAGAGAUGAUGCAGUUUGACUUUUGUUUUUGA